AAUAAACGAUUAUACAAAUCUACGUACUCAAUUCUUCCACGUGUUAGAAUUCAUAGAUAUUUUGUAAAACAGAAAGAAGAAUGGAUUUAAAAAUAUUAUUUGUUUUAAGUUUUCUCUAUGCUUCUGUCCAGACCCAAAAAAAAGAAAGAAGGGCAUUGAAUUUUCUAUCAUUUGUGUCAACAUCUGUUGAAAUUGCCAAUUUCGUUCAAGGAAUUGUUAACGACAAUGAUCAAGACACAGCCUCUCCUGCAGAUUUGGAAAAAGCAAAAAAUGAAAUACUUACAAUCUUCUCUGAAAAGCUGGAUGUUGUCCAAGAACAGUUAUAUGGGAGCAUAAAGGAAACGAUGUCCUUGUCAAAGAUUGACGAAGUGAGCUACAAGAUUCAGAGUGUUGUUCUCGAUUUGAGAGCAUACCUAUUAGCGAAUGAAAAUGAACAGAUCGUUAAAAAAGAAGAAUUUCAAACACAAGCUGCAUUGAUUAUCGCAGAUAUUCGAAGUCUCCCUUCUCGUUUAGAAAAGUCCCUUGCGAAUGCAGAUCUAUCGCUGUUAGAACUAAUGGCUACUAAUUCUAAAUGCAAUAUGACUGGUAUUAACGAAUUCAAGGACUUCUUCUUCAAUCUAACUCAAACUGGGAUAAUUAUCGAGUUUUCUUACAAGACAAUAAAGCAAAACAGCACUCUUCAAACAGAGUCGGAAUGGUGGGACAGCCAGGUUCGACAAAUGAUCGAUUCUUUUGAAAGAGAAGAUUCAACGUGUAAAAGCAGAUUUCAUACAUUACUUAGAAGCGACAUGGAGAAACACGAUAAUCUCAAAGAGUUAUCAAAUAUGGUGCACCAGAAGUAUGUUUGGUAUAUUAUUGAUGUAUUUAUCUUGAAACAAAAUGAUGAUGGAGAAGACAUCAACAUUGAGGGCAAGGAGACGAAUAUGAUGACUAUGAGUGUAAACGGUCUUCGGAAAUACUUAAUCUAUAUAGACAAACAAACCAGACUUAACGCCAUAAAGUGUCUUUUAUUAAAGUCAAACAUCCAGGCGCCUCUUGACGAAGUCUUUAUUCUCGACAAAGGAACCCCUGCACAUGGGUAUGUUUCCACAAUUGAAGGGAGCUUAAAAAAGACGACCCUCUUGUACGAUGAAACAGACGAAACAAGGUCCUGUCAUCCGGAGACUGUCCCGGUAGAUGCAGUGAAGGAUGGCACAAAUGAAGACGAUGGAUUAAAGGAAGGAUUAAACAUCUUUUUAAUUCGUCUUGGUAUUGGUCUUGGUUCGCUGCUAUUUCUCGCAACCUUCAUUUCUGUUUGCUACUAUUGGUACAGAAGGCGUUGUCAUUAAUGUUACUUCUGGGAAUAACGUAUUUUGUUUGUAACGCGCUAAGUCCAGUAAAUAAUGAUUUUCUUACCCGUCAUUCGUCGUUGAGUUCAUUUUAACGGUAGCGAGACGAAUCGGCAACUUAACAAAUUGGCCUACAACCAAAUCGAAACCCCGAAACUUUUCGCCCCUGCCGUUUCCGCCCCUUCUAAAUAAUUUUCGGACCCUUACUGAUGUUUAACUCAGUCAUGGCGGACCCAUAUUGUUUUUUAGUUUUUAUUUUAUAAAAAAUAAACAGCGGCCUCACUAUCUCACUUCACUCUAUACAUGAAUCUGAAUCAGACAUAAGAAACAUUAUCAAUAGUCCAAUAGACAUAAUUAAUAAAACUGUUAAACUGUAAAACAAUAAAUUCACAUAAAAUAGUAAAACAUGUUGUUGUUUUUUUUAAAUUUCCAAUCUUACAUGUUAUCGAAUGUAAACAACUUCUAAAUAUGCGGCUAUUUGGCUAAAAUUAGGGCUUCCGUUAAAGGAAGUUUGUAAGUAUAUUACUUUGUUAUAUAGUAUCAUAGUUAUUGUACUCUCUACAAGGUGGCUAAAACAUCCAAAACUGAGUUCUUGAAAGUAAAGGAACUUCGAACACUUUGGAUAAAACUUUUAAAGGUUAAUGGUUGAAAGUUUAAGAUAUCAAAUAUGUUUACAACAUUACAUUUAAAGUAUCAUUUCCGGUAAGUUUUGAAUAAAACUACUUUUUUGAAUACACUUUUUUGAGUUAUCAUUUUUAAUUGAGAAUUAUUUCAUAUUUUGUCAGAAUUCUUGUACAAUCUAAGCGUUUGAGAGACUUGAUAAUUCCAUGUUAGGGAGAUUAUUAAGUAUGUGUUUAUUGUUAAGUUAUUUCGUUAAGUUAUUCAAGACAGUAAAAGUUUAUAAAAAAAUACUUUUUUUUCUAAAAAGCAUUAUAGUAUCAACUAUCAACCUUGCUUAUUCAUGGUUAAAUCAUUUAAAUGAUGAUGAUGAUGAUGAUGAUGAUGAUACUAUGUAUAAAAACUGUAUUUCAAAUGAUAUUAUGAACUUUAGAUUAUUGUCCGAUAGUAAAUCGAUGUGUUUGUUCCGAUUCGAUUGAUUAUCGAUAGCAAAUGAAGCCCGUUUUUUGUACACUAGGACUCACAUCGCAAAAAAUAGCCAGGGGGUGGGGGGAGGGGCGACGGUAUGAAUAUUUGAACAUACUUAAAAACAGCUGCCAUUGCGCUUCCAGUGCGAGCAACGGGACUACAGUGGAAGCAUUUAAAUGAUCAUGAUGAUACUAUGUAUAAAGAAAUGAUUUUAUGAACUUUCGAUUAUUGUCCGAUAGUAAAUCGAUGUGCUUGGUCCGUGCUUGAGCAACGGGACUACAGUGGAAGUAUAACGGCAGAACUCCGGUACGGCUUCAUUUAUGUCGAUAGAGCCCCGUAAUGGAUACGCGGCUCUCGGGUGGCCUCAAUGUGUACCGUAAUGGAUACGCGGCUCUCGGGUGGCCUGAAUGUGUACCGUAAUGGAUACGCGGCUCUCGGGUGGCAUCAAUGUGUACCGUAAUGGUAAUGUGAUACCGAAGUGCUACCGAUGUACUAACGCUGUUCUACCAUUCUUAGCGAUGUGAAACCGUUCUACUUUCGUAUACCGGUAAUACAACGGCAGAACAACGGUACCACCCCGCAAUAGCUUCAGUCAGCAUAUCGGUAGUGCAACGGCGUCUCCUCGGUAUAACAGCGUUGACCGAAAAGUGGUAUUUGAUUGCACAUCAGCUUUUAAGCCGAUACCACUUCGGUAUUGCUACGUCCAAUUGGAAUUUUUCAAGUGCUUUCCCGUCGGAGCUAGGCCGAUUGUUUCGCCGUUGUUAAUUGUUUUCUCUGGUGUAGUCCCGGCGAAAUGCAUCGGUAGUGUGUAACUGACACUUUACUACCUACGUAGAAGCCGUACAUGAUCUCUAAAAGUAAGCAUAUACAUGGGCACGGACCCAAGUAGUUAUUCCGGAAUCAUUUAUUAUAUGGCUUAGUGAUUUGUAAAAUAAGAAUACCAUUUAAUCCGAUAAAGGGGUGAGUUGACUAUGUAGCAUAUAUAGUAACUGUAAAUUAGCAGUCCCUUUCGAACCGAGACUGAUGUUAAUUUGUAUGUAAUUUGAUAACAUCGGUGGUAACGUCAUCGUUGUCAGUUUUUAAAUCAUUUCUGCUCUGGAAGUUUAAUGGAUACACUUGCAAUCUGGCUGACCUUUUCACUAUAUUUAAGAUAAUUGUUUAUUAAACUUGUUUUUAUUUAAACAUGUGAGCACAUAUUAAAACAUUUUACGUUUGGAGGUAAAACUGUGUAUCACAGUUCUACGCUAUUGGCCCAUUUUUAUAGUGUGUGUUAUUUUCCAAACUGUUUACUUUAAAGUUGUAUUGUAUAAUUUCUUUUAAUUAAAAUGUGUUUGUUUGUUUUAUUUUGUUCUAUUACUUACGACGAGUUCAAUUUAAUUCUUCAACUUAUAUGUACAAUUUCACAACAUUUAAUUGCAAAUUGCUUUUCCCAGUAUAUAGACAAAUCAAAUUAUGCUAUGGUUAUUUAGCCGUGUUGCGAAUAUUUUGUUUGGCAUUUGUAUUCCCUUAAGCUGUAUUAUUCCAUUUGAUAUGUAUACUAAAAAAAUAUUAACCAUAUCACAUAAAUUGAAUGGAGUUUACUAUAUGUAUUCAUACUGUUUUGUGUAGACACUGUUCAUGUUGCCACAUAAAGUGUCCUGAUAUAUUCAAUAAAAUGUACUUGUCGUAGCCUCUUGUACAUACACGU